AUGGCGCCCACUACACGAUCCGGCUGCAAGCGCGCAAGCGGCGAAGCUGUAGACACCAAAGUCACCAAGAAAGCGAAACGUUCGGUCAAGACCGAUGCGAAGCCUGCGAAGAGCGAGGAGCCCGCAAGCGAAGCUCCGCAGUACUUCCGCUUCCUUGAUCUUUCUCCAGAGCUAAGGAACAGAGUCUACGACUACGCCAAAGAGGACGACUCCAACCGCUUCGCCCCACAGCUUGUUCGACAGAACCUCCCAUAUGCUUCGCGCAAAACAUAUGCAGAGCGAACCUGGAAGUUCUUCGCUCUGACUCAAGUUUGCACGCAGAUCCGGGCAGAAUAUCGUCCUCUUUGGGUUCAGCAUCUUCGUGUUGCGUUCAUGUCGACUUACUAUCUUGCGAACUUCCUCGAUACCUUUCUACCAUCUGAGAACGAACCCAAGCAAGCGCCUAAGCUGGUACAGUUCUUGUGGGACCAUGGCCACGAUGACAAGACGAAGUUUGAUCUGACGCGUAUCUUGCGCCUGCACUCGCAUUCCCCAUCAUUUCAAGUCGAAUUCGUUCCUGAGAACGUCGUACUCGGACAGAGUGUUGAUGACGACAUGUGUCACAGUUGUUUCAGGCGAUUUUAUAAGGAGGAACAGGGUCUAGAUCCAGACAGCGACGAUGACGACUGCGACUGUCCAGACUUCGAUAUGAGCAACAGCGAGUGGAAAGAGUUCAAGCACGAGCAGAUGAAGUACACUUCUGAUCUCUCUGUGUUUAUCCAGAACACGACUAAAGCUUGGAUGACGGCGGUGAAAGAGGGCAAGGUGACCGUCACAUGCACUUUCUGCCAGUGGAGCAAGCAUGCCAUGUUCAGAAUUCUCUGCAAGGAUCCGGUUUGUGAGACGACCACCAACUCUCAACCGGCUUGGGAUCUACUCAAGCAGUGGGGCAUUCUCGACCUCCAAGUGAACAAAGCAACGCAGUUCAUCUUGGUAUAUAACGAAGACCAUACCAUGAACCAUGAUGGUUACUUCAUGAGCAACUCAGUCGUGCGUCAGGUUCUCAUCCGCAAAGCGCACUCGGCGAGCUAG